CUGUUCAUUUUCUAGAAGAUGCCCUCACCGCCCUCUGCAGUACAUAUUGGAAGUGAAGAUCUUUCAUCUGCUUCUAACCUUGGAUUCAUCCAUGCGUUUGUGGCUGCUAUAUCUGUGAUCAUUGUGUCUGAGCUGGGAGAUAAAACUUUCUUUAUUGCUGCAAUCAUGGCAAUGCGUUACAAUCGCCUAACUGUGCUGGCUGGUGCAAUGCUCGCCUUAGGGCUAAUGACUUGUUUGUCAGUUCUGUUUGGAUAUGCUACCACUGUUAUACCAAGAGUCUAUACAUAUUAUGUGUCAACUGCAUUGUUUGCCAUAUUUGGUAUUCGAAUGCUCAGGGAAGGUUUAAAGAUGAGCCCAGAUGAAGGUCAAGAAGAACUAGAAGAGGUUCAAGCGGAUAUCAAAAGAAAAGAUGAAGAAUUUCAGAGAUCAAAGCUUUUAAAUGGAACAGCUGAUGUGGAAAUGGGUGCAGGAACCUCAGCACCUCAAAAAAGAUGGAUGCAGUUCAUCUCCCCAAUUUUUGUUCAAGCAUUCACAUUAACAUUUUUGGCAGAAUGGGGAGAUCGCUCUCAACUCACAACCAUUGUUUUGGCAGCUAGAGAGGAUCCCUUUGGUGUUGCUGUUGGUGGUACUAUUGGCCAUUGCUUAUGCACAGGCUUAGCAGUUAUAGGGGGAAGAAUGAUAGCUCAGAAAAUUUCAGUGAGAACUGUGACAAUCGUUGGCGGCGUUGUGUUCCUGGCAUUUGCAUUCUCUGCAUUAUUCAUCAGUCCUUAUUCUGGGUUUUAGCAUUAUUCAUUUUCUUAAGCUUGGGAUGGAUGCACCCUUUUUCAUACUGUAGUUUUGUAUAUAUUGUAAAUUUUAGCCAUAAUACCUUUAUGUACAAAAUCACCCAAUGUCAGAGACUUUGUUUAUGAAUGAUUGCUUUAUUUUGCAGAAGUAUUAACAGUUUGACAGGGGCAUGCAUUAUUUAUAUUUUUUUUAAUACAGACCCAUAACAAAAUCAAGAGUUUGGUUUUUAUCACAGCUUUUUUUUCUCUACAUGUUUCAUAUUGUGGACAGAAAAGACUCAAUAUUUACUAAUUAACUUGUCAAUAUUUGACCAGCUUUUCAUGUUCAAUGGCAGCAGAACACAGAUACAUGCAGCUAUUUUCUGUAAUGCUAAAACUGCAAAGUAAAUUAAAGGGACAUGAAACCCAAAUUGUUUCUUUCAUGAUCAGGCAGAUCAUGCAUAUUUAAACACCUUCCAAUUUCCACCUAUAAAAUUUGCUUCAUUCUCUUGGUAUCCUUUUCUAAAGUAACCAAUGACAGGAUGCAUAGAUGUGCAGCCACCAAUCACCAGCUAUUUCUUUCAUACAUUGCUGCUCCUGAGCCUACAUAGUUAUGGUUUUCAACAAAGGCUACUAAGAGAAUACAAAGCAAAUUAGAUAAUAGAAGUAAAUUGGAAUGUAUUUUUUUUUUACAAUUGCAUGCUCUAUCUGAAUUAAUUUUGACUUUACUGUUCCUUUUUAAGUAUUUUUAUUUGCUUAUAUAUUAGUAUGAAUUAUGAAAAGGAUGAAGUAAUUUCUGUUUCAUAAUCUGUUUCAUAUCUACAUUAUUCUUAUUUGAUAGAACAUUUUUUGUAAACUUGCUAAAUAGUUUCAAAUGAAAUUGAACAGUUUUGUUUCAUGAGCUCUGUAAUACUCAUCUUUUAUACUUAGCAGCAGCAUCAUACCUGGAUUACCUAUUUUCCUAUACUUGCAAUUGUGGCUUCUCAUAUACAGAUCAUGUCCCUAAUAUUAAGGAGCCUCAUUACGGUGGUAUGUGUGUUGACAAAAAUUGGAUUAAGAUUCAGGUAGCUUUGAAAUGUAUAUAAUUGUGUUGGCACUGUACAGAAUGUUAUACUUUAUGAGAAUGAAGCAACAAUCUUUUGACGAGAAAAGCUGUAUGACUCAAGAUGUGAUAUCCUGUCCAUAUAGAUUGUAACCUGUUAGCCAGUAACCCAUUAGAACUCCAGAAUUAAAUAAAUUAGCACUCCAAACACAAUGUAUAAAAAACACAGUGGCAUACUCUUUACUUGUGGAGAAUACUGUUAAAUACAACUCCCCCUCUUCAGAUUGUGUGCAUGUUCAUACUAAUUGCACAGAUAAUCAUAUUCAGAAUUGCUGUUAGAUGUAACAUCAGUCAAAAACUGGUUUAUUUGAUAUUCCGUUGACAUUUUCUAAUGCGGUUUCCAAUGGAACAUAAACAGACAACAAGCAAACUGUUUUCUGAUGCUACCACAUAUUUUUGUUUAUGGAUGUAGUGAGAGUGGAGUGAAUGUAUUCAAGACUUUUACGUAUGAACUCUGCAAUAAUAUUUGAAUGAAAUGUUUUCUACUGCUGAAUUCCAAAGGAAAUCUUGAUAAAAGCUAUACUGUGGGGAUAUUAUGAAAUGGUAACUGUAAAUUAUUAAAACUAUUUUAAGUGUU